AUGACAACAGUGCAAAGUCAGACCAAAAGCAGUAAUGGAACACCUGCUAAACCACAGAAAAACUACGGCAAGAUCGUUCUCACACUCCACAAUUGCCUUUUACCGGAAUCUGCGUUUAAGGAAACCCCAUCACAAACCGAUGGCCUUGAUAUAGAAACAGAGACCGACUUAAGAAUUUUAGGUUGUGAAAUGAUUCAAACUGCUGGCAUCCUAUUGAAAUUACCUCAGGUGGCAAUGGCUACGGGUCAAAUGUACUUACAAAGAUUCUAUUAUUCUAAAUCUUUUGUAAGGUAUCCAAUGGAAACAACAGCUAUGGGUAGUAUUUACCUAGCAUCAAAAGUGGAGGAGAAACCUUGCAGAAUACGGGAUGUUAUCAAUGUGUUCCACCACAUCAAGCAAGUAAGAUCACAAAAAACAAUAUCACCUUUAAUUGUAGAUCAGAACUACAUAGAACUUAAGAACCAAGUUAUUAAAGCAGAGAGACGUAUAUUGAAAGAAUUAGGCUUCUGUGUACAUGUUAAACAUCCACAUAAACUUAUUGUUGUAUACCUACAGUUACUGCAAUAUGAAAAGAACAGACAGUUAAUGCAAAUGGCAUGGAACUAUAUGAAUGAUGCCCUACGCACAGAUGUUUUCAUGAGAUUCCCUCCAGAGACAAUUGCAUGUGCUUGCAUCUAUUUAACAGCACGUAAAAUUGGACUACCACUCCCAAACAAUCCCCACUGGUUUCUGUUAUUUAAAGUUACAGAAGAAGAUAUAAGAGAUGUAUCACUUAGGAUAUUGCAGCUUUAUAAAAGGUCGAAAGUAAAUCCAGAAGAAUUAGAAAGCAAAGUGGAUGCAUUACGAAAAAUCUAUCAAGCAAACAAACAUUUACAAGCUCAAAAAGAGAGGGAGGCAAAAGCAGAAGAGAAAAAAGCAGAUUCUCCCGCUGCAUCAACAUCUAAAGACACUAAGAGAGAUGUAAAAAAGGAGAAGUCACCCAAAACUCCACCGUUAUCAAAAUAUCAUAGUAGUGGGCAUAAGAAGAGAGAAAGACGAUCUCGUUCACCAUAUGACCGCAAGAGAGACUACUCUAGUAAACGACAUAAAUCACGAUCUAGAGACCGAGAUUUGGAGCGUUCUCGUGAUCGUAGAUCUGAUGAUAAGAGGAGUCGAGUGACAUCAAGGAAGUAUGAUGAUUAUGACCGUACAAAGUCAAGUAGGGAUGGCAGGGAUAGCAGGGAUGACAAACGUAAACAUUGA